AUGUUUGGGCCGCAGCUCCUUGCCUUUUAUAUCUCUGAUUUCCAGCAACAAACUGAUUUCAGUGGCAGCCUUGUCGAUUCCUUCUUCCAGCAAAAAUCAGCCCGCAUUCGACACCAUGAAUCACCACCGACUCAGCAAGUGGCUGCCCUUUCCCAACGUUCAACAGAUGGCCUUUCAAUGCUACUAAAAGACUUUAAUAUAAAACCACUAAUUGCUGCCACA